UUUUAACGAGACAAAACCUAGUAAAAUAAAACUUUUUCUUUAAGCGCAUGUGAGCUUUGAAUGUAAUCAAAAUUUCGUAAAUAUUCUAAAAAUUGCUGAGUGAUUAUCGUUAAAAAAAUGAUCAACCUAUUUAGACGAUUGAAAUAUAUAUCACAGAUGGCCUUUAGUGACAAAUACCUUUUAGGAACAAACUGCAUCAUUUCUAUAAGUUUAUCAAGUGUCGGCGAUGUAAUCGAGCAACAGUUGGAGAUUUAUAAAAAAGAAAUUGACAAAUGGGAUGGAAUAAGGACGAGAAACAUGGCAGCAUCAGGAAUGACUGUUGGAAUAUUUUGUCACUACUGGUAUAAGCUUUUGGAUAACAAGCUUCCUGGAAGGAACUUUAAUGCUGUUAUUAAAAAAGUUCUAGUUGAUCAAACUAUCGCAUCUCCAAUUGUGAUAUUUUUGUUCUUUGCGACCCUCGGAGUCAUGCGAAGUGCGUCAUUCAGCGAAACAUCGGAAGAAAUAAAGCACAAAUUUAUAAGAUUAUAUAAAGCCGAGUGGAUUGUUUGGCCGACAGCUCAAGUCAUUAAUUUUUGGAUUCUUCCAAAUCGUUUUCGAGUCCUCUAUGACAACACAAUCUCUCUUGGAUAUGAUGUAUAUACAAGCUACGUUAUCAACGAACCAAUUCCUACAAAUCAAUCACAACCGCAACAACUUCAACCACAAGACAAAACAUUAGACGUAAUUAAUAAAAAUCAAAAUUUUAUCCAAAGUUGACAAAAUUCUAAAUUAUGAUAAAAGAAAAAAAAAGAAAUAAAAACAGAUCUUUAGAUU